AUUAGAUUAACACAUUCCUUUUAUUCCGAGAACAACUCACUACGAGUUUUUUAGUGAGUUAAAAAAAAAACAAAAUGCAUGAACUUAACCGAGCACCUUGGAGGGCAAUGAAGGGAAGUAAUCAAUCCCUUGAUGAUGAGUGAUAACAAGGAAAGAAAUUAGGUAGAUACAUUAGCAUUCCAAAUAUGGUAAUUUGCACUCUAGUGAUCUCUCAGAGGGGCCAGAGAGCUAACUUUCUAUGGGAGGUUGUGAGAAGCAUCAAAUGCCUGCUAUACUCUGUUCAUCCUCUUAACUGUUUUUUCAGGGAAAAGAUUUUUUUUUUUAAAAAAAAGUUUCAUCAAGUGAUUGUGAUUACAAAGUCUUUGACAACAUUGUAGACAUUUACAUAGCAAAGCUGUAUAAUUCUGGAGUUGAUCCAUUUUCUAGAUCUCAGUUCACCUCUUCAAAGUUUCCGAACAGUUGGAAGGUCACUGCAGAGAUGGAGGUUUCCGAAAAACCUGAGGAUUCCCCUCACUCCUCUUCGCCGGUGCACGUAACAAAGGUCGCAGCCGCCUCCCUCCACCUCCACCUCUCUCCGGUCCACCGCGCGGGCCUCGUGCUCUCUAUACUUUCUAUCCAAUUCCUUCUCCUCCUCCCCACCUUCUACUCUCGCUUUCCUCGCUUCCUCUCCCUUCUUCGUGGCCCGCCGUCUAUCUCAACCUGCGACACCGGCUUAGUAUAUGUAUAUGAUAUCCCUCCAGUAUUCAAUCGUGACCUCCUCGCCGCGUGCGACGCCUUGGAUCCUUGGACCUCCCGCUGCGCGGGCCUCUCUAAUGCCGGCUUCGGCCUACCUGCUGCUGCAAACCUCAAAGAUGUUCUUCCUUCCCUUUUUCUGCCGCAUUGGUUCGCCACCGACCAGUUUAACAUUGAGCCUAUAUUCCACCGCCGUCUCCUCACCCACCGAUGUCGCACCACUGACCCGUCUGCAGCCACCGCCUUCUACAUUCCCUUCUAUGCUGGUCUUGCAGUUGGCCGGUACAUCUUGUCCGUGAAUGCCACUAACAGUGAUCGCGAUCGCGAUUGCUCCCUUCUCCUAAGUUGGAUCCGACGGCAAGCUCCAUAUAGGCGAUCCAAUGGCUCUGAUCACUUCAUUGCCAUUGGCCGCAUAACGUGGGACUUCCGCCGCCCGCCUGACGGCGAUUGGGGCUCCAACUUUUUUAACAUGCCUGGCAUGGAGAAUGUCACUCGCCUUAUAAUCGAGCGGAGUUCUGGGGAUGACAAGGACGUAGGAAUACCCUAUCCAACCGGGUUUCACCCUCGGUCUGUUGAUGACGUCAGGGCCUGGCAACAAUUCAUUCUAAACCGAUCUCGGUCUACGCUUUUUGGUUUCGCAGGCUCCUCCCGACGGUUCAGGGAUGACUUUAGGGGACUGCUAUUGAAGGAGUGCGCUGCUGCGGGUAACACAUUGUGCCGUGCUGUGGACUGUGACGGGAGCCGAUGCGCGAACAGAAAUGCUGCAACAAUGAGUCUAUUCCUGGAUUCAACAUUCUGCCUUCAACCGAAUGGAGAUAGCUUCACGCGGCGCUCUAUGUUUGAUUGCAUGGUGGCGGGCGCAAUCCCAGUGCUAUUCUUCCGUGAGAGUGCAUACUUGCAGUACCAGUGGUAUCUUCCAGUACAAGGGAAGGAGAGCGAAUGGUCGGUUUUUAUAGAUCAAAAGGAGGUUAGAGAAGGGAACGUUCGCGUAAGAGCAGUGUUAGAUGGGAUCGGAGAGGAGAGGGCGAGGCAGAUGAGGGAGCGAGUGGUUGAUAUGAUACCGAGGUUGAUAUACGCAGCGGGCGAGCAGGGGCUUGGAGAGGGGAUGGAGGACGCCUUCGAUAUCGCGCUUAAGGGAGUGUUCACGCUCUUCGGGUCGUCUCGGUGAAAGUAUUUGAGGAAUUGAGAGUGAAUUAUGAGUUCUUUUGAAUUGCUUGAUUGAUUUCUUAUAGAAAAGGUAUGUUCUGUGUUCCUUUUGUUAGAUAUAAAUCUAUUUCAAUCAGUUUUAUUCUGGAUGC